UUAAAAAUAGUUGGUAUCUGGCUCAACAGCAAUAACUGUGAGAGGGAACUAAGAGUCCUAGUGGACAACUAUUUAAAUAUGAGCCGGCAGUGUGCUGUAGUUGCCAAAAAAGGCAAUGCAGUCUUAGGCUGCAUCAACAGAGGAAUAGUAUGAAGAUCAGGUGAAGUAUUAGUACUGCUAUAUGCUGCUUUGGUAAGAUUCACUUGGAAUAUUGUGUCCAGUUUUGGUCACCAAGAUACAGAAAAGAUAUUGAUACUCUAGAAAAUAUGUAGAGAAGAGCGACAAAGAUAAUUAGGGAGCUAGAAGGCUAAAACACACUGCAGAAAUUGGGCAUGUCUAAUCUAAUGAAGAGAAGGACUAGGGGGCGACAUGAUAGCAGUCUUCCAACAUUUGAGGGGCUGUCAUAGAGAAGAGGGGAUUGGCCUGCUCUUCAAAGGACCUCAAGGCAGGACAAGAAGUAACGGAUGGAAACUUAUCAAAGAGAAGUCCAACUUAGAACGAAGGAGAAACUUCCUGAAGGUGAGAACAAUUAAUCAGUAGAUCAAUUGUUCUCAGAAGUUGCUUUCAGAAGUUGUGGGUUCUCCAUCACUGGAGGUUUUUAAGAAGAGAUUGGACACCUAUUUGUCGGGAAUGGUGUAGGAUCUCUAUUUCAGCAGAAGGUUGGACUAGAAGACCUUCAAGGUCCCUUCCAAUGCUAUUAUUCUGUCUUCUGAAUCCCCCCUCUUCUCAUCAAGCGCAUUGCCCUCCCAGAUUCAAAUUUCAGGAUGAUGCAGAAAUUUCUCUAUAUCACCGAGAACCCAAUUUCUGCAGGUGUUCCCGAGUUCAAUUCAGUUGAGCCCUACACCAGGAAAGAGCUGGAGUUCCUUUCACUGCCUGAUAUCAUCCGAGAUUACCAACGCCUGGCUAAAGAAGUCAUUCCAGAGAAUCCACUCCUCUACCUGUAUCCUGACAUUCCAAGGGAUGAUGCUUUUGGUUCUUACUACAAAGAACGCCGGGAAGUAAGCAUGACGGAACAAAGAAUGUACUUGAACCGUCGCCUGAUCAGAGUCUCUACGCAACCAGGAGAGACUCAGACACCAGAUAAAAAUGAACUACUCCCUAUGAGCAAUGGGUUGGUAGAUGAUGAACUGCAGAAUCCUGAGUAUAAAGCGGAGAACUGUCUGCUUGUCAAGGAAGAUCCUUUUCUUUGCCAGUCAAAUGAAGAGCAACAGGAACCUUCCAUCCUGUUUGAUAUGCCACACUUGCACGUGGAUGACCCAGAUUUCCAAAGCCUGCUCAGUGUUGAGAAUAUAAGCAAUGAUAUUCCUGGAAAUGAAAUUGAGGAUUUAAUGAAGCUUUAUGCUAAGGUAGAAGUAGGUCCGUGUCUAUAAGACACACAUACAAUUCUCUACAUGUCCUUUAAUCCUCCCAUUCUUUCUUUGUUGUAUAUCUUUAUAAUAUACAAUCAAGGGCAUUGACAUAUAGGAAAAUAUAUUCUGGUUUCUCUUAGGCCCUCUCCACAAAUCUUUGGACAAAAGUUUCUCCCAUAAAUUUCCACUAUUUAACCAUUUAAGUUCUUUUCUUAACAGCUAUUUCUUCAAUUAUGCAUGGAUUGGGACAAAGCUAGGGAUGAAGGGUUGGACAACCUCUGGAAUUGUUGAGCCCUCCCUCUCUCUCUCCCUCCCACGCACACCCUUAUAGAAUUCAUGAAAGCUGAAAUUUGUUGACUUCCAAAAGGCUUGCAUGUUGACUGACUUGAUUAUAUUUGGACCAAGUUAAGAAAAAGUCAAAUAGCUCUUCAUUUUGAGUUACAGGGUUUGCAAAAAUCAAGUUUGGGAAAAGGAAAAAUAAUUUACUAGAAUCUAGAAAAAUAGUGUGAAAAAGACACCCAGAAAUAUAAAAAUGAUGUGCUCAUUCAAUUAUUUGGGUCAGAUGGAGACCUUUUGAAUUAAUGGCUCAGCAUCCAUCUAGUUUAUUAGCAGGUGUGUUGUUGUUGUUUUCAAAAAAAUCAGAGUUGCUGCUUGCUAGAAUUAGAGUUACCAUGACAGUAAUCAAUGAAUAAUACUGAGCUUUCAUUUCUGUUUGCUUUGCCUCUCAGCUGUAAAUUUGUAAAUAAACAGAUGCUACAAAAUACAGCUUCGGUUUGCAUACUUUAUGGGAAGCUGACCCAGUCAAGCUGUUCUGGAAUUUCCCAUCAUUUGGAGAAGUAGCAAGGACCAACUAGGUCGAAGUGUACUUUGGUAAAAUUGAGCAAAUACGAGCUGCAUCCUCACGAACCCUUUCCUCAAAUGCAUGUGUGUGAUUUUUUUACUACCCUCUGCAAUUCUGGGAUCUUUCACUCCUUUUAUUUUAAUAAAAACAUUCAGAUCAUUGUCAGAUUCCUGGUUUUUGGUA